UUUACUCCUGCAUAACUCUUCAUCAGUUUCGUAAUAUAAUUAAAUUCAGCACAGCUGAGCACAAUUAAGUUCUUGGGUUUAAACUUGUUCAAUUUCAAGAUGCAAUCAAAAUUCAAAACUCCCGAUCCUUUUACGUUAGAAGGCGUCAACUUUGAAGGCCCAUCAACGAUUCAGUCAGUUCUCGCAACUCGAGAUUUCCAGGGAAAUCCUUCCGACAUCCACUUAUCAACUUACCCUAGAUCUGGGACGACUUGGACUUCAAAAAUUCUAAUAGGAAUGGUAUAUGGAGCCGAUUUUCUGCAGAAUGAUUUUGUUUUUGCUGAAGUUUUUCCUUAUUUGGAGUUUGAUUUGAACGGAAUAACUGGGCUGAAAAACGCAGAAAAAGUAACAAAAAGUCCAAGAAUGUUCAAAAGUCAUCUUCCGUUGCAUUUAGCAAACCGUGAAAUUUUUUCAAUGAGUAAAAAAAGCAUAAUAUUGGUUCGAAAUCCGAAAGACGUGGCACUGAGUUUCUUCGAGUUCUACCGGAAAAGUUUUCUCCUAAAACGUUACUUGAAGUCGCCAGAUAUUUCGGAUUUUCUGGACUCGUUUUUGGAAGGAAAAGUAAACUAUGGAAGCUGGUGGAACUGGACUUGCAACUGGAUUCAGCAUUGCAGAUCUCACCGAGAUACCAACUUGAUUAUACACUACGAAGACCUACAAACCAACUUCGAAGAAACAGUUCGUUCUUUGAACAGUUUCUUGCAACUCCCUCAAAUGUCAGAUUCCAUGAUUGACAGCUUGAAAGAACUGACGUCAUUCAGUAAAAUGAAGGAGAAAACCGAUAUAAAUAAGAAUACUAGAGAUAUGAGCGAAGUCAAUAUUGGAGAAACUCGAAGAUGGGCAUCUUUUUUCCCUGAUGGCUAUGCUGAGAAGUUUGACGAAAAAACUAUCAAAGCUUUUGAAGGAGAUCAAAUAAUUGAGAAGUUUAUUUGAAUUCAGUUUGGAGUUAAAGGUAUUUUAAAACUCGGAUUGUAACACGUUAGUUUUGUGUUCUAUUAUCCUGGGCGUU